AGCUAAAUAUAAUUGAUGGUGUUAAUGUUAUUUAACAUAAUUUUUAUUUCAGCUCAUGAACUAGAAGCAGUCAAAGCUGUUAUUCAGCAAAUGUUAGAAGAUGUCCAAGAACGUUUGGUUUAUAGAACCCAUAUUUAUAUGAAAACUGAUAUUCUAAAUUAUAAUCCAAGUCCUGGGGAUCUUGCUUACCCAGAUAAAUUAGAGAUGAUGGAGAGUAUUGCUGAAAGUUUAUCUGCUGGUGGACUGAGUCGUGCAAGUUCUAGAGCAUCUUUAACUUCUAUAUGUUCUACAAAUAAUACAACUAAUGUGGUUUCACAAGAGACUGCAGAAAAUUCUGAUAAAUUCGUAAAUGCUGGUGUGGAUGGUUCUGUCAAGGAUUUUGAACCAUAUGAACCUCCUAAAAGAACUGUAACCUAUUCACCUGCUGACUUGCAUGGCAUGUGGUACCCUACUGUUCGAAGAACUCUUGUUUGCUUAUCAAAACUCUAUCGAUGCUUGGAUAAAACUAUAUUUCAAGGACUUUCUCAAGAGGUUUUAACUAUGUGUAUCCAAUCGCUGUCUUCUGCAAGUAAAAUAAUCAGCCAAAAAAAGGCAUUACUUGAUGGUCAACUUUUUGAAAUAAAGCAUUUAUUAAUUUUAAGAGAGCAGAUAGCACCAUUUCAGAUUGAUUUUGCUAUUAAAGAGACAACUUUGGAUUUUAGUAAAGUCAAAGUUGCUGCUUAUGGGUUAUUGCAAAAUAGGACGCAUUUGCUUUCACUGAAUUCGAGUAAUGCAAUACUGGAGUUCUUACUUCAGGGUACUCCUCAUGUUACUGAACAUUUGAUUGAUUCCAAAAAGGCAGUUGACAAACAAUUGAAAGUAGUGUGCGAAGAUUUUAUUUCACAUACUGUUACAUUGCUAAUUGGUUCUCUGCAAGAAUUUUUGGAAAAGGCUAAAAUAAUUGCACAAAUGCAGAGUUCACCAAAUUCGCAAGAUAUUAGCCUUAGUCAACAACCCUUUGCUUCAGCUGAAAAGGUAUCACAACUCAUUGCAGAUAAUAUUCGGGAUUUGAAAUCCAAGUUGCCUUCCUUGCAUAGGAGUAUGUCUCUUUAUUUAGCUAAUCCUGACACUGAAUAUAUAUUACUUCGCCCUGUAAAGACCCAAAUUCAGAACUGCUUUGAACAAGUUUUACAGCUAAUUCGAAUGAACUAUACAGAAGAAGAACAAGUAAUCAUUGCAUGUCCUUCUUUAGAACAACUGAGCAUUUUACUGUCACCCAGUGCUUCAAAAUGCUGAACAAAAGAAAACUCCUGACAAUUUAAAGCUUACUUCAUGUAUUUUGUUUAAUAUAACAAAUGGGAAUAUCUUUGCUAAGAUUGUUGUUUACACUAUGUCAGUGCUUCUCAAAUUUCAGCUGUCUUAACUGCAUACAUGUAGUUAGAUACGGUAAAUAAAAAUUAAUAGAAAAAAGAACAAGGUAUUAAUUAAUAAUAAUUAACAUAUGUAACUGUUAACUGAUAAUUAUAUAAUGAAAAGAUUAUUUUAGAAUUUUUCAUAACGCUUAAAAAACUAUUUUGUGUCCUACUUUGGGAAUCACUGCACUAUAUGAUAUCUGAAGCCUGUUGAAAUUUAUAGAUGAUUGUUUACUAAACUUGUGUAAAUAUAUUACCUGAUUUUUAAUUCUCUGAUAAUUAGAUCUACAAAUGUCAUUUAAGACUUAAUUUGUCAUAUCAAUGUUAUUUCAUAAAAUUAUUUAUUUAAUAGCAAAUUUUCAUUUUUCAUGUUAAUGAUAAAAUUAAGAUUUUUAUGUCAUUAUGACUCUCUUGCACAUGAUAUGAAAGUAUAUUUUCUUGAGGGAAUUUAUAUCUAAUCUCUAUAUAAUUUGUAUAAAUUUUGUAUAUAAUAUACGUGCUUUGUGUUUUUUGUGAUUUUUAUUUAACUCAUACUUUUAGAAACUGUGUUCAUUACACUGAAAACUUUCAUCUACUAUUAAAAUGUAUAAGAAAAUGCACUAUUUUAUGAAUGCAAUAAAAAUAGCACUGUA